CAUUGAAUAUAAACAUAGCAAAAGUUAUAUAAUAAAGGACGCGGACGCAUCUUAAAAUAUAAAAUAUUCAUAUAUUUUAUUUUUCAAUUAUUACUAAAUUAGGUACUUGUGUGUUGUGAUAAUUUUUGGAUAAUUUUUGAAAUACCGUUAAAAGGAAAUAUAUAUCUAAUAAGUUGCAAAUGGCACCCGUCAUAGAAAAGUUACUAAAUGGUUUAAAAAUUGGAGAAGGGCCACAUUGGGACGUCCAGAAACAAUGUCUAUAUUUCGUCGAUAUUCCAAAUAGCACUAUCCACAAAUACGUACCUUCUACAAAAAAACAUACCAAAGCUAAAAUAGGUAAUCACAAUGUAUCCAUUAUUAUACCAGUACGAGGAAAAAGUGAUGAGUUCGUAGUGACUGUAGACAAUACUGUCAGUUUAAUUAAAUGGGAUGGUGAAAGUUCUGAAGUUGGUCAACCAAAAGUUCUUUAUGAAGUAGAAAAAGGAACAACCCAUGUAUUUAAUGAUGGCAAAUGCGACAAAACUGGAAGGUUGUGGUCAGGUACGUUAGGUCUUAGAAUAAAAUCUUUGGAAGACGUAGUAAUGAAGAAAGGUGCCCUGUACAGUUUCUAUAAGAAUAAGCUUGAAUGUCACAGAAAUGAAUUGAGUGUAGCUAAUGGUAUUGCGUUCGAUCAUAAAUUGAAGAAAAUGUACUAUAUUGAUUCUCUAUGCUACGGGGUUGACCAGUACGACAUCGAUCUGGACCAGGGAACUUUAUCAAAUAUGAAGACUGUAUUUUCAACUAAGCACCAUGGAUUGAAUGAUCAUGCUUUAUGCGAUGGUAUGACCAUAGACACCAAUGGUAAUCUCUGGGUAGCUAUAUUUGGAUCAUCUAGUGUGUACAAUAUUGAUCCAAGGACAGGAUCAGUUCUCCAAGUGAUCAAGUUCCCUGCUGUGCAGAUUACGUCCGUAGCCUUUGGAGGUCAAAAUUUUGACGAGCUCUAUGUUACUUCAGCAACCCUUGAUGGAGAAGAGAAAGGAGAAUGUCCAGGCACUCUAUUUCGGGUUACUGGUUUGUCUGCAAGAGGACUACCAGCAGACGAAUUCGUCGUUUAAAAAAACUAACGUUAAUUUUUUAAUCUGUAGAAUAAGAACUGUAUGGUGGUUAUUUUAUAAAUUUUUAAAUAAAGUUAAUUUGAGAAACAUCCCAUUAUAUCAAGAAUAAUAUGUACAAAUUUUGUUUAAUAAAAGUUAGUUGUCA